AUGUCCGGACAGACUGUAUUCUACGGCCCUCUCGUGACCCCGCUCUCGCUCACAGAAUAUGCCGCCCUGCCGCGAGCGCUUAUUUGUGUCUCGCCAGACGGCGAUAUUGCCUGGCGUAUCGACGAUGUUGCACCAUACGACCUUCAGCUCGCACUCUCCACCCAUGGUGCAGCAGAUGCCGAGCUCGUCGAGCUUCGCCGCGGCGAGUUCUUGCUUCCUGGCUUCGUAGACACCCACACGCAUGCGCCCCAGGUGCCCAACAUCGGCAGCGGACAGCAGUACGAGCUCCUUGACUGGCUGGAGAACGUUACUUUCCCUGUGGAGGCGCAGUUCGCCGACGUUGAAUUCGCGAAGCGGACGUAUUCGAACGUCGUGAGGCGGCUCAUCGACUCCGGAACUACUACAUGCUGCUACUACGCGACACUGCACCUAGAAGCAUCCAAAGCUCUCGCGGAUAUCGUGCACACGACCGGUCAAAGGGCGUUCAUAGGGAAAUGUAACAUGGAUCGAAACUGCCCGCCGACCUACAUCGAGCCUUCUGCCUCGUCAUCCCUCGCCGAUACACAUACCUUGAUACAACACAUCCGCGCCCUGUCACCUACUUCGUCGUCCCAACACGCCGCUCUUGUCCAGCCAGUCUUGACCCCUCGCUUCGCAAUCAGUACGACCCCGCCUCUCCUGCGGAGUCUAGGCGAACUUGCGGCAUCUGAUCCUACACUGCUCGUGCAGACGCACAUAUCUGAGAACGCCUCGGAGAUCAAAUUCACACACGAGCUCUUCCCGGGGUGCAACAACUACGCCAGCGUAUAUGACUCGUACGGGUUGUUGUUACGAGAUAGAACGGUGCUCGCACACGCAGUACAUCUGGAGAAGGAGGAAGUCGAACUAAUCGCUGAACGCGGCGCCGGAAUAGCGCAUUGCCCGACGAGCAACUUCAACUUGCGCAGCGGUGUCGCCGACGUCGGCGCCAUGCUCGAUGCAGGCAUCAACGUCGGCCUCGGCACGGACGUCUCGGGAGGAUUCUCAACAUCCAUACUGACCGAGAUCCAGCACGCGUCUAUCGCAGCGAAAGUACGCGCACUGCUCCCUGGAUCCUCCCCUUCGCCAACUUUCGUCACCGAAACGUUCACUGGCAAGCCUUUCUCAGUGGCAACACUCCUACAUCUGGCCACACUAGGCGGCGCCCGUGUAUGCGGUCUUGCGUCACGAAUAGGCGCACUCGAGCCCGGGCGUGCCUUCGAUGCACUACUCGUUUCUGCUCGUGGCGAUGCAGGAAACCCACGGCUAUGGGGUGCGGAGGAGGAUGUCGAGUUUGGUCUGAAGAGAGACGGGGAGGGCGAGAAAGCCGAGCUUGAGAGGUGCUUGGAGAGGUUUUUGUUCACUGGGGAUGAUCGGAAUAUCAAGAGGGUGUACGUGCAGGGUCGGUGGAUAGGUGGCGCCGAGCGAAAGGCCGUCUAG